AUGGCUCCUACUCUCCUCGUCGUCGGCGCCACGGGCAACACUGGGACAGGUGUUGUUAAAACCUUGUCAGAGCUUCUAAAAACCAACAAGCUCUUUUCCAGCCAUAGGAUUCUUGCUCUCACACGCUCCUCAAGUGGAACCGUGGCACAGCAACUCGCCGCUUUACCCAAUGUCGAAGUAGCUGAACUUCCCUGGGUUGACAUCACGGCAGACUGGCUCCAGGAACAAAACGUCGUCAGGGCCUUUAUCGCGUCACAUAACCAGCCCAACCAAUUCGCCGAAGAGUCAACGUUUCAUCUUGCUGCCCUUAAUGCAGGUAUUGAGUACGUUGUUCGGAUCUCAACAACUGCUGCGAAUGUGCGCCCAGAUUGCCCUGCCUACUACCCCAGGACGCACUGGGCAAUCGAGGCCUUGUUGAGCUCGCCGGAGUUCCAACGUCUGCAAUGGACUUCGCUGCAGCCGAAUAUCUUCACGAACUUUACUCUUUAUCCUGCUGCAGAAUUGGUUAAAGAAUUUCGAAAAACCAGGAAGCAGCAUCCCCUUAGGCUCUUAGCUUCAGAGGAUGCACCUAUUGGUAUUGUUGAUCCGUAUGAGGUUGGAGUUUUUGCAGCUCGCCUCUUGAUCGAAGAUGAUGUUUCCCCGCAUAACAGAGCGAAGUACGUUUUAAACGGACCGGAGGAUAUCACUGGGCGACAGAUUGUGGCUAUGGUGGAACAGGAAAUUGGCACUAAAGUUGAAGAAGUCCACUUCAAAGAUAUGUCGUUUCUUGAACAUGUGGCCGCCCAGAGUCAGGAGUCGAAGAGCGUGAUUCUAUCGAUUAGGCAUGCUGGUGAGACAGCGUGGGAGGGGAAAUGCACAGCAUCCACAACGAGCAAAGAGGUUCUCGAGUUUUCUGCACCGAAGAAUGCACCCGCCGGCCUUUUCAAAGCGAUGUUGGAGGGAUAG